AUGCCGGCUAACGACACCAAGUGGGUCAAGUUCGGUGACAUUAAUAAUAUAGUGUUUUUGGGCAAAGAUAUAAUAGCUUUGUCUUCCGGUUACCAUAUAUUGUUUGUUAAUCUGAAUACCAAGUAUGAAAAAAUUGAAAAGUUUGAUAACAAGGAUCGAGGCGAUGGAAUUUCUUCUUUCUCUGGACAUCCGACACAGAAAAAAGAAUAG